AUGGCAUCGACAAUGGCCACCAAUGGAUCAGGAGUCCAUACUACUAAUGUCCGUACAAACCGCAUGGAUUCUUCAUCCAACAUUAAUGCCGACCGAACACGAUCGUCCAACGCUUCAGCCGUGGCAAAUGGCUUCCCCACCACCAAGGAGCGAUGGUCAAAAAUAUGGUCCAACUCGAACAUCGGCGGCCCCUUCAACACUGAGUCUGGUCCGGAUGGGACUGUUAACCGAGAGAAUGCUUUCCAGGGAAAAACCGGCUCAAGUUCUUUACUUGCUACGUCCGAAUCCGAUGGAUGGGCAGGUCGCCACAGCUUCUCGUGGAACCCACCCAAUGCCUCAACUCUGGGGAACAACAGCAUGAAUACCUCGCCCGUUGAGAGCCGCCCCAGUGAUCGUAAUGCAUCUGCAAGGGGAGAGAUCGGAGACCCUAACUCUUACUUCGCGUUGUCUCGCACAUCUGCCAUCGGUCAGAACCCAUCCGCCUCGAUUUCCAAAGGGUAUUUGGGCUCGGUGGCAGACAAUUAUGCAUCUCCUACCGACAAUCUAUCCUUCGGUAAUCUAGGUAACUUUGAUGCUGCGAGCCAACGACAGCUCAACUCGUUCCCUGCCAAUCCAGCUGCUGCUGCAUUCCAGAGGAAGUCUAGUGUCGUCUCGAAUGUAUCCACGGCUCGGGACCCUCAACGAACUGAGGAUGUUAUGGGAUCUAUGAACAUGUCACCAUUUUCUCACGUCCCAUCUGAAUCAAUUGCAGGAGGAUCAACUCGCCAGAAUGCUCAAAACGCUUAUCCUCACAUCGCCCAAAUGGCAAGUCAACGACCAAACCAUUCCGCCCACCCAUCCUAUCACUCUGACACACAUGGUCUUGAUUCGCGUUUCUCCACCGGGCAAAUUGAUAUCGGCGCUGGACUGAACCGUCUUCAAUUGAACGAUAAUGCAUCCCUUGCGGGAUACUCCGAGGCGCGACGGGCCUCUUAUGCGAAUCAUGGCACGUAUGACUCGACCAAUCGAUUCAAUGGUCAAUUAACGGCAGAUGAGGCAAACUAUCAAAGCAUGGCUACGUAUACCGGCGAUGUGCCACCUGAGUUCCCUACGUCCUAUCAACAUUUAUCGAGACUGGGCGAACGCGACCCAUCACCGACUGCCGAGUAUGUCCGCGGCAUCAAUAGUCCCUUCUACCCUUCUGUGGGCACUCCUCCCGUACUUCGUCCUUCAUCUGGUCAUCGCAUGUCGGUUCAGGUCGGUGGCGAAGGGCAAACUGCUCUCCUGGACCGAAAAUUGCGUGGGUUGCAACAAGAUCAAGACUACAACCAGGUGCCGGGUCGGGUGUCAUUCUCGGGGAAUUACGAACUGUCUGGAUAUUCCAAUGCUAGACUAAAUUCCUACUCUCCCUACCUCCAGAUGCCCUUUGGUGGCGGUUUGUCAUCUGGCCUGGGACAACGUGUUGCGCAACGUGAUCCCGAUCCUAGCCAGGUUGUGCGCAGUCCUCUCCUAGAAGAGUUCCGUACGCACAACAAGUCCAAUAAACGAUACGAGCUAAAGGAUAUCUAUAACCAUGUAGUCGAGUUCAGUGGUGAUCAACAUGGAUCUCGGUUCAUUCAACAGAAGUUGGAGUCUGCAAACAGUGAUGAAAAGGAUCAGGUUUUCAGAGAGAUCCAGCCCAAUUGCCUGCAGCUUAUGACGGAUGUCUUUGGCAACUAUGUUGUCCAGAAACUCUUCGAACACGGUAACCAGUCUCAGAAGAAGAUCCUGGCAAAUCAAAUGAAGGGUCACGUCCUCGCUCUGUCAACCCAAAUGUACGGUUGUCGUGUCGUUCAAAAGGCCUUGGAACACAUCUUGACAGAUCAGCAAGCCUCCAUGGUGAAGGAGCUUGAAAAUUCUGUCUUGAAGUGUGUUCGUGACCAGAAUGGUAACCACGUCAUCCAAAAGGCCAUCGAACGUGUCCCAUCCGAGCACAUUCGCUUCAUUAUCAACGCCUUCAAGGGUCAGGUCAACAAGCUGGCUACCCAUCCUUACGGCUGCCGCGUCAUUCAGAGGAUGUUGGAGCAUUGCGAAGUACCAGAUCGUGAAUCCAUCCUCGCCGAGCUUCAUGUUUGCACGGAAGCUCUGAUCCCCGACCAAUUUGGCAACUAUGUCAUUCAGCAUGUUAUCGAGAACGGCGACGAGAAAGACCGAUCGCGCAUGAUCAUGGCCGUUGUUAAGAAUGUUCACAAUUUCUCUAAGCACAAAUUUGCCAGCAAUGUGGUAGAGAAGAGCAUCGAAUUUGGCGAGGAGAGCCAGCGCCGAGAAGUCAUUCGGCUUUUGACAGCUCACAACGAUCGUGGUGAGAGCACAUUGCUUGGACUUAUGCGUGAUCAGUAUGGAAACUACGUCAUCCAAAAAGUACUUGGGCAAGUCAAGGGUGACGAGCGUGAGAUGAUAAUCGAUGAGAUUAAACCGCUGCUCAGCCAAUUGAAGAAAUUCAGCUAUGGCAAGCAGAUAAUCGCCAUCGAGAAAUUGAUAGUGGAUCCUAAUGCCCCUACUGUGGCCGCAAAUUCAUCCAACACACCACCCGCGUCUCACAAAUCCUCCCCUCAGCCUCUUCGGAGGUCCCUGACGGAUAUCAAGUCACCAGUUGGCGGGGUUGCUCCUCCUACUCCACCACCUACUGACACUCAAAGCCUCCACGGGGGCUCUGCUACCGACGGCUCUCAUGACGGAGCUGUCGAAUCUUCAAAUGGUGUGGCUACCGCACCUGUCACGACCGUUAAUGACUCCACUGCCACGCAUCAGCCUGGCGCUGAUGUGGCUGUUAGUGUGGGCGAUUAUUCUGCCGCAUGA